CCCUAGACGUGCCAGCAAUCGCUGCCGUUCGCUUCAUCCGUGACGAAGGAAGAAUGCAAAGUGACGAAAGUGAACAUGGAAAAUUAAUCAAUAAUCGCGUGAGCAGAAAACGGGUUGCAGUUUUGAAAAUCUGCCAAUCGAAGAUAUAAAUUCUGAUCAGCAUUCAAUCGAUGGUGAUGUUAUUCAGAGGUUGACAUUGCAGUGAAAAUUGAGUAUGACGUGAAUGUGAAAAUUGGAAAUGAUUGUAAAACUUACUUUGAUCUAGUGAGCGUAGGCGUUAUAUAGCGCUGCUGUUAUUUCGGUGUCCCUACCAGUAGUGUAUUUUCGUAAUUUUCUCAGCAGUGUAACGAUUGUUGUGAAUCACAGAGCUUACUAGAUGCAGUAUUAAUUUAGAAACAAAAAUCAUCCAAGUAAGCUGCUUUUUGGAGUACCUGCUCCAUUCCUGAACUAUUGGAUUAUAAGAAAAACAAAACAUACCAUAAGAACAGUCACCCAACAUGCCGAUUGUAAACAUCUUAAAGCGGGCAUCUAGUUACAUUAUGGGCAGUGACGACGACGGAGAGGAAAGUAAUGAGCUGGUUUACGAGGACAACGAAGUUCUAUUCUGUAAGAACAACAUUUGCGUCCAUCCUCCGGCGGUCAUUCGCCAGGAAUCCGACAUCCUACAUUAUCCCGGAUAUUUGACCGUGACUACCAAGACAUUCAUCGAUCAGUACAAUAACGCCAAGAGACCGACUCUUUUUCUUACGUGGAUUCCGAAUUCGACCUUACGAAAAUGUCCUUCAACGGUUGAAAACUGUGGCUUCUUUCGAUCGAACAGUCUAUUUGAGACCAAACUGAAACAACAUCAACAACUUCAGCAGCAGUCCCAGAAGGAAAUUCAAUUGCAAAAACUUGACACGGUUCAGCAUCAUCAUCCGGAAAAAACGGAAGGAAACCCAUUUACCACAACAAUUAAAAUUGCUAAUACCAAUCCAUUCCUCGAGCCCUAUAAUGAAACCCUAGCACAGUCUUCAAGUGAUACCAAAUCUAUGAACUGUUCGGAUUAUUCCGAAACCAUCAGCAUUAGUUCAAACUCCGAUAAGGCCAGUCUAUGCAACAGCAACGAAUACAGUCGUGAAGACGUUCAUGAUGAUGAAGACGACGAAGGGAUCAUUACCUCGGAAACCCACAACAGCAUCGUAGAAGAAACGGCCGAAGAACAGGAAUUGAAAACCGAACUUCAACCAUUGAUCGAAUCGGAAGAAUCGAGAGGAAACAACGUGGCCAAAGUGCUAUCGUCGCAAGCUUCUGUGACCUCGGUCAACAUAACGAUCGCUAGUCCACACAUUCAGAAUUUGGAUAUUUCACCACCAGAGUCGGCACUGUCGCAGAAUGAGCGAUUUAUGCGAUCCCUAUCGAUAUCCUCCAACGACGAGAACAACCCCAAUUGGAUGUCCCCCGAGCUGUUGGCAUACAAGCACAAUCUAGCCUUUCCGGAAAGUGCUUCAGCUUCGCCUAUUGUUAGCCGGAAGAACCCGGUCAAGUGCAGAAGAUUCUCCGUCGAUCUGAGUCAGAUGCGUGCCCUGCGCUUAUUUUUCAACGACGAAAAUUGCACCUCCGGCCAGUUGGUGAUCGCUUCGCGGGAAUCCCAGUACAAGAUCCUUCACUUUCACCACGGUGGGUUGGAUCAUCUAGCACAAGUUCUGCACCAAUGGCACUGCCUAUUGCACAACAUCAAGUUAGCUCCAGGCCAGGAUGAACCGAACCUCCCUUACCGUCAGUUUAUGGUGUGUCGACCGGAGGUACGAAAGUGCGAACUACACCCGGAGGAGAGCAAAGUCAACAAGAUCACCACUGACUACUUUUACGGAACGCUGCUGAACGAGAAGGGCCAGAUCGAGGAUGACCUUCAGCUACGCAAAUGUGUCUUCUUCGGUGGGCUGGAGAAGAGCUUGCGCAAAACGGUUUGGCCUUUCCUGCUGCACUGCUAUAGCACUAAUUCGACCUUCGAGGACCGGGCCGCUCUAUCGGAAAUUCGCCGCCAAGAAUACGAGGAAAUCACCAGACGAAGACUGUACUCGAUGUCCCCGGAAGCGCAGGCCCAGUUUUGGCGUACGGUUCAGUGCGUCAUCGAGAAGGACGUGGUUCGUACGGAUCGCGGAAAUCCGUUCUUUGCCGGUGAGGACAACCCGAACAUUGAUACCAUGAAGAAUAUUUUGCUGAAUUAUGCUUUCUACAAUCCUGGGAUGUCCUAUACACAAGGCAUGAGCGAUCUGCUGGCUCCUGUUCUAUGCGAGAUCAAGAACGAAUCGGAAACAUUCUGGUGUUUCGUGGGUCUUAUGCAACGAGCUAUAUUUGUCUGCACACCUACUGACAACGAUAUCGACAGGAAUUUGUGUUUCUUGAGGGAAUUGAUACGACUGAUGGUUCCUAGCUUCUACAAGCACCUUCAAAAGCACACCGAUGCCAUGGAAUUACUAUUCUGCCAUCGCUGGAUCUUGCUAUGUUUCAAGCGUGAAUUCACUGAAGCCGUAGCGAUUCGCAUGUGGGAAGCCUGUUGGUCCAACUAUUUGACUGACUAUUUCCAUCUGUUUCUCUGUUUGGCCAUCAUCGCAGUGUACGCCGACGACGUAAUUGCUCAAGAUUUACGAACCGACGAGAUGCUAUUGCAUUUCAGUUCUUUAGCUAUGUACAUGGACGGACAGCUGAUCCUGCGCAAGGCCCGAGGACUAUUGCAUCAGUUCCGCCAGUUUCCGAAGAUUCCUUGCACGUUGUCGGGAUUGUGCAAACGAUGCGGACCGGGAAUGUGGGAUUCGGGACACCAUCCCUCGAUCGAGUGCAUCGGCCAUCUGGAUCAUGAGAAAUGUGCGCUAGCUGUAGAUUAAGCUUACUAACAAAUAAGAAAAAGAAAGUACGAAUCGAAACACAAAUGAAUGAAGCAUUCCAGUGAUAAGAAUGAGUUUUUCAAACCCAAUGAUCGGCAUCAAAAAGGAUCCGAACAAGCUUUAUUUUGCUUAGUUUUAGCAUUAUUAAACAGACAAAAGAGAAUCAACAUGCAGCACGCGCUUAGUAGCUAAGUCUAUUUAUUGCAGAACUAUUUAGCUAUAUAGCUGUUAUUUUACUGUUAAACGGAGCAGAUCUUCUCAAAACUUAGACUAGAAUGCUAUAUAAGUUACUAUAUUAGUACACAUAAACAAACAAGUGGAAAUCGCAGCGAGCGGCAUCGAAUGUUUCAAAUAAUGCAAUCAAAUAGACACAGACACACAGGCACACAAAUGUCACAGCAAAUGAAGAACAAUAACUAACAAGUCUUUGAGCUAUGCUUUUUAACAAUGUUGUACUACAUACAUAGCUUAGUGCAGUUUACUCUAGAAUCUUGCAACUGUUUUGCUAUAUCUAUAAAACAAAAAAAAACUAAUGUAUGCUUUUUAUCAAUCGGUUAAGCGUGAUUUAAUUUAAACAAUAGCUUCUACAGUCAGUACACCCAUAGCCAAAACAGAAAUAGAAGAACUCAAUAGUCUGGUUGAAGUGAAGUGGCACUUUCCGCCGACAAACCGAUAAACCAUCGCAACCAAAAAUGUAGUAAUCCAAACUAUUAGCAAGCCAUUGCACAGAUAAUGAAGAUACUAACUAUUGUUGAUGUUACGGAAUGUUUACAAAAAUUUUAUAAUCAAUUCUGCUAAGUGAUAUAGUGGUUCAACUCGGAGGUGGAGACAAA